CUCCUCCUCUGGCUUUCCACUGGGUAACAGCGUCGGGCCGUUGUCGCUCGGCUUCCUCCUCCUCCUUCUCCUCCUCGCCGCUUCCCGAAACCGGCGGGGGCAGCAACACUCAGGAGGGGCCCCUCCAUCGCCAGCGGCAUCACAAGGACGGGAAGCCGACAUGAGGCAGGAGAGCUGCUGGCCUUGGCGAUAGAAGAUCUGUAUAGUACAAAUUAUUGGUAACCAUGGUGCAGAAAUACCAGUCUCCCGUGCGGGUGUAUAAACACCCCUUUGAGCUAAUUAUGGCUGCAUAUGAAAGAAGGUUUCCCACUUGCCCUCUCAUCCCUAUGUUUGUAGGCAGUGAUACUGUGAAUGAGUUCAAGAGUGAUGACAGAGCAAUUCACGUGAUUGAAAGACGCUGUAAACUGGAUGUAGAUGCCCCACGGCUCCUGAAAAAGAUUGCAGGGGUAGAUUAUGUUUACUUUAUCCAAAAGAACUCCUUGAAUAGAAGAGAUCGCACUUUACACAUAGAGGCCCACAACGAAACUUUCUCAAACAGAGUUGUCAUUAAUGAAAAAUGCUCUUAUACGGUGCACCCAGACAAUGAAGACUGGACAUGUUUUGAGCAAUCUGCAAGUCUUGAUAUUAAAUCUUUCUUUGGCUUUGAAAGCACAGUAGAAAAGAUUGCCAUGAAGCAAUACACCAGCAAUAUUAAAAAGGGCAAAGAGAUAAUAGAGUACUACUUGAAGCAGCUAGAAGAAGAAGGUAUAACAUUUAUUCCUCGUUGGACUCCCCCUGCUAAAUUUGCAUUUGAACGUGGCACAGCUCACUUAAGACGGUCACUGUCCCCUCCAAUCAACAUACCUGAAACUGCCAUUAAAGAGGGACUGAACUCCAAGGAAAUCAACACAUGCAACAAUGCAUCAGAACUGGCAGCUGGAACCCCUGAUGACAAGCUAGAUGCGGAUUAUAUCAAGAGGUAUCUGGGCGACUUGACACCACUUCAGGAAAGCUGCCUCAUCAGGCUUCGGCAGUGGCUCCAGGAAACACACAAAGGCAAAAUUCCCAAAGAUGAGCACAUCUUAAGAUUCCUGCGUGCCAGGGAUUUCAACAUUGAUAAGGCCAGAGAAAUCCUGUGUCAGUCUUUAACGUGGCGCAAACAGCAUCAAGUGGACUACAUCCUGGAUACCUGGAACCCUCCUCAAGUACUCCAGGAUUAUUAUGCAGGUGGUUGGCAUCAUCAUGACAAAGAUGGGCGUCCACUGUAUGUGUUGAGACUAGGCCAGAUGGAUACCAAAGGUUUGGUGCGAGCUCUUGGAGAAGAAGCCCUGCUUCGCUAUGUUCUGUCUAUAAAUGAAGAAGGACUGAGGAGGUGUGAGGAAAAUACAAAAGUGUUUGGGAGACCUAUAAGCUCUUGGACUUGCUUGGUGGAUCUGGAGGGCUUAAACAUGCGCCACUUAUGGAGACCUGGUGUCAAGGCCUUGCUGAGAAUCAUUGAGGUGGUGGAAGCUAAUUAUCCAGAAACACUUGGACGUCUUCUAAUUCUACGAGCUCCCAGAGUGUUUCCGGUCCUUUGGACGCUGGUUAGCCCUUUCAUUGAUGACAACACUCGAAAGAAAUUCCUGAUUUAUGCUGGCAAUGAUUACCAGGGUCCUGGUGGGCUGUUGGAUUACAUUGACAAAGAAAUUAUUCCUGAUUUUCUUGGUGGAGAAUGUAUGUGUGAAGUUCCAGAAGGUGGGCUGGUUCCCAAAUCUUUGUACCGGACAGCAGAAGAACUGGAAAAUGAAGACAUAAAACUGUGGACAGAAACUAUAUAUCAGUCUGCAAGUGUCUUCAAAGGAGCUCCCCAUGAGAUUUUCAUUCAGAUUGUGGAAGCUGCCUCUGUGAUCACCUGGGAUUUUGAUGUUUGUAAAGGUGAUAUUGUUUUCAACAUCUAUCACUCCAAGAGAGCUCCUCAGCCUCCGAAAAAAGACUCUUUAGUAGGGGCACAUAGUAUUACCUCUCCUGGUGGCAAUAAUGUACAGUUGAUAGACAAAGCUUGGCAACUGGGGCGAGACUACAGUAUGGUGGAGUCACCGCUCAUCUGCAAGGAAGGGGAAAGUGUGCAGGGAUCCCACGUGACUAGAUGGCCUGGCUUCUACAUUCUCCAGUGGAAGUUCCACAGCAUGCCUGCCUGUGCUACCACCAGUCUGCCUCGUGUUGAUGAUGUCCUGGCAUCUCUACAGGUCUCAUCUCACAAGUGCAAAGUGAUGUACUACACAGAAGUAAUUGGGUCAGAAGAUUUCAGGGGAUCCAUGAGCAGCCUUGAAUCAAGUCACAGUGGAUUUUCUCAGCUCAGCGCUGCUACAACUUCCUCCGGCCAGUCUCAGUCCAGCUCCAUGAUUUCCAGGUAGUGCCGCUGCCAGCAAAAGCCAGUUGAUGAGACGGCUGGACCCUCGUCUGUGGUAGCCAACCGCAAUACAGCGUAAUCAUCAGUGACACUUGCAAAAACAAACACACAAAUGGAAGGUCAUUUUAUAGAUAGUAAAAGUAGCUGUGUACAUUUAAAUAUCCUGGUUUUGUUUUGAAUUAGAACUGAAAGAGUGUGUCUAAUCUUAAUAGCCAUAGUUUUUUAUACACAUGCUUGCACAAAUCCUCAUUUGGAAAUGUAAGGGCUGUUUUGCAAAGGAAGAAGUAAUCAGUGGUUGUAUGGCUGAGAAUUUAUUUAACUUUCGGUCGAUAUAUUUGUAAUGCGUUAGAAGUCUGUCCUAAAGCUUUUGCCAGUGAGACUUUCGCAAAGUUUAAGUAUGCUUUUUUUCUUCUGCUCCUGCUCUC